AUGGGUUUCAUUUGGGGCGCCCUCGUUUUCUGCCUUGCUCACAAGCUGUGCACCUGCGAAGACAUACUAUGCGACCGGCGGCCCCUCGGCACCACCACAGACCCGCUGCCUCCAGACAGCCGGUUCAAGAUCGAAAUCAUCGGCGUCACGGAUAAAUAUAUACCGACGAGACAAUACACAAUACGGCUAUCGGCGACCGACAACACGUCUACGUUCGUUGCUUUCACGAUAUGGGCCCGCGGCGAUAUAAAGCCACACGACAAGAACCCGCAGAAGACCGCGCAUCUGGACGAGGGGUUCGUCUUCCCGUCGCCGAACUCAGAGACGACGCCGAAUAAGAAGUGCAACAACUCCGUCGUGCAGACGGAUCUAACGCCCAAGACUUCGGUGGAGGCAUACUGGAAGGCGCCAAAGAAGGAGAACAAGUGCGUUACGAUAAACGCAGUGGUCGCGGUGAAGAGAGACGUCUGGUACAGACAGGACGGUCCCUUGUCUAAGAGGGUAUGUGAGGACCGACGGAAUGUUCUGGACAUGCAACCGACCAAGAACGACAACUGCGAAGCGACAGAGGACGCCCGAUAUCUGCUCACGUUCGAAGGUAUGUGGUCUUACAACACCCACUCCAAGAUGUAUCCGGAAUCUGAGGACCUCGCGCGGUUCAGCGACGUCGUAGGCGCCUCCCAUAACAGCAAGUUCAACGUAUUCAAAUACAAUUCGGAUGCCAGCGAGGGAUUAAAGAGGCUAGCAGAACAGGGCAACACCACGCAGCUCGAGAUUGAGAUUAUGAAACAGCUCGGCCGAAACGUGCGCACGAUCGUGAAGGCGGUGGCGCCGUUGAAGACCAACAUGCGGACCACGUCGAUGUUCCGCGUCACGCGCGACCACCACCUGGUGUCGCUGGUGACGGCCCUCAUCCCCUCGCCGGACUGGUUCCUCGGCGUGUCCAACAUGGAGCUGUGCGACGUCAGAACGGGCGCGUGGGCGGACAACCUGACGCUCAACCUCUACCCGAUGGACGCCGGCACUGACAGCGGCAAGAAGUUUGACUCGUCGAAUGACGAAACAAUGCCGCCGCAACCGAUUUCCACCGCCGUGAUCAAUCCGACGGUGCCUAAAGAGGAGGUACGGCCCUUUGCUCGGCUCCAGUUUGACCUUAUACGAACCUACCGGCGAACUUUCAACACCGAGCCCAGCAUCGAUGUCACCGAAACCGAAGUGGAGGACGCCGAAGAGGAGUCUGGCACCGCCACUGCCACCACUACCACUGAAAUAACCUCAGAAGAUUCUGCCGAGAAAUCUGAUCCCAAUUGUCCGAUGUCAGCUUGGGAUGAAUGGUUGGAAUGUGAAGGGGCUUGUGUGGACAAACAGAUUGAGGGCUACCAGAUCAGGUUCCGUCACCAUCUAGUAAACAACCAGCCGGUGGAUCUAUAUGGACCAAUGAGCAAACGUAUACCGAAAGAUUGCAUAGAUAAGUAUUCUGUGAACGAGCUUCGAGCCUGCACGGACAAUUGUGAUGAAGAGGAAAGCGAAGCGAAC